GAGUGCAUCCGCCCAGUGCCUCCCCUUGAUUACACGCAUAGCAUAGCAUAUGCUCCCACAUAUUCCCUUGUCUUCCUCCUCCCCUCCUCCCCAGCUCUGCUCCAACCAACCAACACCCAACUCCGCCGCCGCGCGCUUAUAUUAAGCUCCCCGUCCCAUUCUCGUUCUCAUUCUCAUUCGAUCGCCCGCGCGUUAGCUGAUCUAGCGCGUUUAAUUUAGUUACAAGUACUAGAACUAGAGACUAGUUAGUGCUAGUAAUAAUAGUUGAUCAAGCAAGGAAGGAGUGGGUCGGAUCAGAGUCAGAGAUGAAGUUUGGGAAGCGUCUGAAGAAGCAGAUCGAGGAGAGCCUGCCGGAGUGGCGGAGCCAGUUCCUCAACUACAAGGAGCUCAAGCGUCGCGUCAACGCCGUCUCCUCCCCGGCGCCAUCCCCAGCCGCCGACGCCGACUUCCUCACCCUGCUCAACGCCGAGGUCGACAAGUUCAACCACUUCUUCCUCGAGCAGGAGGAGGAAUUCAUCAUCAGGCAGAGGGAGCUGCAGGAGAGGAUCCAGAGGGCGGCUGAGGCGAAGCCGGCUCCGGCCGUGGAGGCGGAGAUCGCGCGCAUCCGGAGGGAGGUCGUCGACUUCCACGGCGAGAUGGUGCUGCUCCUCAACUACAGCAGCAUCAACUACACGGGCCUCGCCAAGAUCCUCAAGAAGUACGACAAGCGCACCGGUGGCGUGCUCCGCCUGCCCGUCAUCGCCGGGGUGCUGCAGCAGCCGUUCUUCACCACCGAGCUCAUCUCCAAGCUCGUCAAGGACUGCGAGGCCAUGAUGGAGGCCGUCUUCCCCGCCGCCGAGGUCAUCUCAGCCGCCAAGGAUCAUGAGGAGCUCGAGGCGCUGGCCGUUGCCGAGCAGAGCAUCUUCCGCAACACCGUCGCCGCGCUGCUCACCAUGCAGGAGGUCCGCAGCGGCAGCUCCACCAUAGGCCACUUCUCACUGCCGCCCAUGGCACCUCUGCCGGAGUCCGACUGGCUGCUCCGGUCCGUCCAGCCGCCGUCUCCAUUGAUCCCCACGCAGUGAAUAUCUUGUUGUUCACCGCUCCAUGUUACCACACCACAGCAAGGUCCACAACAUACACAAGCACACACCAAUGCCAUCCUUAAUUAAAUUAAUUGGAGGCUACCAUUUUGAUUUCCUUUUUGCCACGAAAUGCUGCACUGUUAUGCGGCUGAAAAGAGCAGAUGUGUAAUUAUCAACCUGUUUUUUUCUUUUGCUGUGUGCUCUUGUUUCUUAUUUUGCUACUUUCCCUGACUAGUAGGAGUAAAUAAUGUUGAAAGCGGGAUCAAUACACAUUGUUCUUGCAGUGUAAUUUUAGUCCCAAAUCAAAUACAUGCGUAUUAGAAAUUUCCAAAUCCUCUCU